AUGCUUGAAAAGUUGCAGGAUCGAGUACAUGCUGGUAAACUAUUGGCCGAUGAAAUAGCGAGGAAAUAUAAUAAUGAUAAUAAUGAUGUUAUUAUUUUGGCUUUACCAAGAGGUGGAGUACCCGUUGCCUAUCAGAUUUCACAACGCAUUAAAGCUCCUUUAGAUGUCUUUUUAGUCAGAAAAAUUGGUGUCGAAGGCCAUGAGGAAUUGGCCAUGGGUGCCAUCACGGAAACAUCCACCAUAUAUAAUGAAGAUAUUAUCGCUAUGCUUCACAUUAAUGAAGAAUCGAUUGAACGCGUUAUUAAACGGGAGAGUGCCGAACUGCAACGUCGCAAUGAAAAGUAUAGAAAAGGAAAACCAGCCCCCGAUGUUACCGGAAAGACCACGAUUCUUUUCGGUCGUUCAUUCUUUGCAUUUAAUUCAUUUAUUUAUCAUUUUUGUUAUAUCAGCAAUCCUAAAAAAAUAGUCAUUGCCGCCCCUGUCGCAGCACCAGACACUCUUAAAAAAAUGAGUAAAGAAGUUGAUGAUACCAUUUGUCCUUUGACGCCAAGGAAUUUAGGUGGCAUUGGAGCGUGGUAUAAAGAUUUUACUCAGACUGAAGAUAAUGAAGUUAUAGAAAUAUUGGAAAGAACUAAUCGUGAUUUUCCCGUUCCCACUAUAUCGGCCGAAGAGACAGCAAAGCUUCAGAAUGAGGCUAUUGUGGAGUAA